AUGAAGCUACUUCAUAUUACCUCUGGCAAAGUGGUUGUGUGGCCCCGCCUGGAGCCGCCCCCUUAUGCCAUCUUCCCUUACCCCUACGCACGGAACCAAGAGACUGGGGAAAGCCAAAGACCAUCAAGAUGGGCAACAGACACUAGUUGCGGUAAAAAGCUUCCCAUUUCAGACGUGAUCAUCGGUGCUUGUAAGAAAGCACUUGCCAGGCACAUUCACUACUUGUGGGUGAAGAGUCUCUGUGUUGAUACUACUUCACUGAUGGAUGUGGAAAUCGCUGCCGACAACUCCUUUGGUAGACUACGAGACUCAGCCUUGUGCAUAAUUUUCCUAGAAGAUCUCCCCGCUCAUACUUCCUCUCCCGACGAGAAGGCUUGGUCAACGUGCAGGUACUGGGCUCGAGCUUCGGCUCCUCAAGAGCUCGUGGUCGCACCGCACGUCGAGUUCUACGACCAGAAAUGGAACUACGUUUGUUCCAAAUCAUCGACAGAAUACCUCGACAUAUUAUCAAAGGUCUCAAAGAUUCCUGCGGGCGUCUUGGCCCAAAGUGACAAACUAUUCAACACCUCUAAUAGAAGAGGAAGCUUCCCGGUGGGUGACCCAACAACCAGCCACUCGCAACAACCCAUGGCUCGGUUGACACAAGUUCAUCCACCCCAACAUACGUUUUCUCCUAGGUUGGCAUGCCAUUCUGAAAUGAGUCUGCCGAGGUAUCCUAGACCGCCGAUGCAAGCCUGUUCUCAGCCUCAUCCAAGCAGAACAUUUCCCACAGAGGCUUUGGCAGGGACCAAGAGAGACAGGUCCGGUCAGCCGCUCAAUGUACAUUUGGGAUGUGGUUUGAGAGCCUUUUCCUUCAAUCUUGAUUCAAGUCGUCAUGAUGGAUACGACGACUCAUCAACAUGCGACGAAAGCGAAUCGAAUAGCGACUCAUCGGAGAGUGGGAGUGACUCAGAAUCGGAAAUAAGCAGCGACGAGGAGUUUGGGCCUGAUGACGCCAAUUCCAAGGAAAUUCACCAAACAGUAAACGAACAAUUUCGAGUCAUGGAGACUGAGCUUAUUGACUUCUCCUACGAAAAAGUUGAGAAGUGGAUGAACUCAGCAAGCUAUGUCCCACCACCAGACGACAGGUUGCCGCGUCGAAAACGAGCCAGGAUAGGAGACCUCCAACCCCAAUCAACAUUAUACUUCAAAAAGAUCGACAAGGAUGAUCCCAACGUGGUCUCUGUCACACGUGUAGAUGGGUACUUCCACUUCGCCUGCCCCUACUACCUAUCAGAUCCGACAAAACAUCAGAAAUGUCUGCGAAAGCAUGAUCUCCAGUCCGUUGAAGAUAUCAUCCAGCACAUGGGCCAGUGCCACAGAGAGCCGCCUUAUUGUCCCCGCUGCUGCCGGCCAUUUGACGGGGCAAGAGAGCGCGAUAGACAUUUCCUCGAGGGUGUGUGUGAGACCAGCACCUCGCGUGACGUGGAAGGUAUCACGGAACGUCAAAAAGUGAAAAUUGAGAGAAUGGAGAAGCCUCACAACCUAUACAUGGGAGAAAGAAAGCGAUGGCUGAAAGUACGAGAGAUCGCUUUUCCGAAUACUCCACUCGACAGCUCUAAAACGCCCUAUCUCGAGAGCAGUCAAGAAGUUCGAGUGGGCAUGGCACGAGACUACUGGGCACGCAACGCCACAGAUGUUGUCCAGGAAUUCUUAAGCAAGAAUGCACAGGCUCAGCGGCAAACAUCACAAGAUGGAACAGCUUUGAGAAUAAUCGAAGGAUUGGUACUGGAAGGGAUCAUCGAUCGGAUAAUGUCUGAUCAAGAAGUGGUUGUGGGGAAUUGA